AUGCAGUUCUCUCCCACCAACGGAGAUUUCACGUUCGUCUCUUCGACGGAGGCUGAAGAGCUCAGCGGCACCAUCAGUGCCCCGGAUAUUAAGCUGAACAUGGGCGGUGAGGGCGGUAAAGAUCCAUAUGCCACCACCUUCCUGAGGCAGCGAGGCUACGGCUGGCUGCUGGAGGUGGACGAGGAUGACACUGAAGAGAGCAAGCCUCUUCUGGAGGAGCUGGACAUCGACCUGAAGGACAUCUAUUACAAGAUUCGCUGUGUGCUGAUGCCCAUGCCGUCCCUGGGUUAUAACCGGCAGGUGGUCCGAGACAACCCGGAUUUCUGGGGCCCUCUAGCCGUGGUGCUGCUCUUCUCCAUGAUCUCCAUCUAUGGACAGUUCAGGGUCGUGUCUUGGAUCAUCACCAUCUGGAUCUUUGGAUCAACAACCAUCUUCCUGCUGGCUCGUGUUCUUGGUGGCGAGGUGUCCUUCGGCCAGGUUCUAGGAGUGAUCGGAUAUUCUCUUCUUCCUCUCAUCGUUAUAGCCCCUCUGCUCCUAGUGAUCGGAGGCUUUGAGGUGGUUUCUACACUAAUCAAACUGUUCGGAGUGUUCUGGGCUGCUUACAGUGCUGCUUCGCUGCUCGUCGGAGAUGAAUUCAAAACCAAGAAGCCCCUUCUCAUAUAUCCCAUUUUCCUUUUGUAUAUCUACUUCCUGUCGUUAUAUACUGGUGUGUGACUGGAGGAGUGGGAACUCUGGACCUUUUUAUGGACAUUGACCCUGGGGCAUUGGGGAGGGGGGAGAGAAGUCAAACUAUGGAACCAGGAUUUUUUUUAAAGGUGUUUAUUUCUUUUUUUAACUAUUAAAUUGUAGACGGUGGGGAUUUUGGGAAUAUACAGUGAUGUGAAAAAGUGUUGGCCCUUUCCUGAGUUCUUAUUUGUUUGCAUGUUUGUCACACCUAAAUGUUUCAGAUCAUCAAACAAAUUUAAAUAUAAGACAAAGAUACCACAAGUAAACACAAAAUGCAGUUCUUAAAUUAAGGUUUUUAUUAUAAAGGAAAAAAAAAAUCCAAACCUACAUUGCCCCAUGUGAAAAAGUAUUUACGCGCCACCGCCUAUGCGUGUGCGGCUGGGGGGGGGUCCCCCCCCGUUAAAACCUAACUUAACUGUGGUUUAUCACACUCUAGCCACGCCCAGGCCUGAUUACUGCCACACCUGUUCUCAAUCAAGAAAUCACUUAAAUAGGGGCGGCCUCUAGCUCACCCAGUAAGAGCGGUCGCCCCAUGUUGGCUGAGUCCUGCAAAAAAAAAAGGAAUUCACUUCAACAGGACCUGCCUGACAAAGUGAAGUAGACCAAAAGAUCCUCAAAAGCUAGACAUCAUGCUGAGAUCCAAAGAAAUUCAGGAACAAAUGAGAAACAAAGUAAUUGAGAUCUAUCAGUCUAGAAAAGGUUAUAAAGCCAUUUCUAAAGCUUUGGGACUCCAGCGAAUCAGAGCCAUUAUCCACAAAUGGUGAAAACAUGGAAUAGUGGUGAACCUCACCAGGAGUGGCCGGCCGACCAAAUUUACCCCAAGAGGGCACCGAUGAUUCAUCCAAGAGCUCACAAAAGACCCCAUGACAACAUCCAAAGAGCUGCAGGCCUCACUUGCCUCAGUUAAGGUCAGUGUUCAUGACUCCAGCAUAAGAAAGAGACUGGGCAGAAAUGGCCUGCAUGGCAGAGUUCAAGGAUGAAAAGCACUGCUGAGCAAAAAGAACGUUAAGACUUGUCUCAUUUUUGCCAGAAAACAUCUUGAUGAUCUCCAAGACUUUUGGGAAAAUACUCUGUGGACUGAUAAGACAAAAGUUGAACUUUCUGGAAGGUGCGUGUCCCACUACAUCUGGUGUAAAAGUAACCCCACAUUUCAGAAAAAGAACAUCAUACAAAUGUAAAAUCUGGUGGUGGUAGUGUGAUGGUCUGGGCCUGUUUUGCUGCUUCAGGACCUGGACGACUUGCUGUAAUCAAUGGAACCAUGAAUUCUGCUGUCUACCAAAAACUCCUGAAGGAGAAUGUCCAGCCAUCACCACACAAGUGAACUUGGGUUCUGCAGCAGGACGAUGAUCCAAAGCACACCAGCAAGUCCACCUCUGAAUGGCUGAAGAAAAACUAAAUUAAGACUUUGGAGUGGCCUAGUCCAAGUCCUGACCUGAAUCCUAUGGAGAUGCUGUGGCAUGACCUUAACAAGGCACUUCAUGCUCGUAAACCCUCCAAUGUUGCUGAAUGACAAUUCAUAAAGAUGAGUGGGCCAAAAUUCCUCCACAGCGCUGUAAAAUGCAAGUUCUCACUAACGCUUGAUUGCAGUUGAUGCUGCUGAGGGGGGGGCCCAGACAGUUAUUAGGUUUAGGGAGCAAUCACUUUUUCACACAGGGCCAUGUAGGUUUGGGUUCUGUUUUCCCUUAAUAACAUUCAUUUAAAAACUGCAUUUUGUAUUUACUUGUUAACUUUGACUAACAUUUAAAUUAGUUUGAUCUGAAACAUUUAAGUUUGACAAAACUAAAAAAUAAAUCAGGAAAGGGAGCAAACACUUUUUCACACCACUGUACCAAUGUAUAUAGUUUUGUCCCUUAUGUCUUUGGUCAAUAAAUGCAUAUGCUUUUACAGCUUACACUGCAGGAAAUAGUCCCAGGGUUGUAUAUUCAUUUUAUGAUUUAGUUUAUAGCCUUUAUCCCACUGAAGAAUGUGGUGCCAAAUAUUUGUGGUGUAUAAGUUGAUGCUGAAGGAAGAGACAGCACCACAAAAAGAUUGUUGAGCAUACUGUUCUUUAUAGUUAUGCACUGUAAUGUACUAUGACAAGUGUCCAUUUCUGCUUUUCAUUUUUCAGACUUGUUUUGUUAAUUGAUGGAUUUCAGCAGCGAUCUAAAGCAUUGUCUACUAAA